AUGAAACUCCUGGAAAGUUCACGUUUCGAGGCGAUCAACAAUGCUCUGUCCAUUGGUUCGGGCAGCAGCACCAUCUUUGGACGCAUUGAAUCGUAUUCAUGUAAAAUGGUUGCAGCCGAUAAAAGUCUGUAUAAACGUUUCACAUCGGAAACUCAUGGCUAUGGUCCACAUGAUUUGCAGGCUUUAUCGCCACCACAGACAUUGGCUGAUUUAUCGCCAAAUUUUCAUCGCAAUAAUAGCCAAUCGGGGGAUGAGGGUGUCAUCUUGUGUGAUACCAUAUCACGUAAAACCCUAUUCCAUUUGAUUGCAACAUUGAAUGCAUCAUUCGAACCGGAUUAUGAUUUCUCAGAUGCUAAGAGUCAUGAAUUCAGCAAAGAACCCUCAUUGCAAUGGGUUAUGAAUUCCGUACAUUCAAAUCUCUCUGCAUUGGCUGGCGAUCAAUAUCAGGCUUUGCGUCAACCUUUAUGGUCGGCAAUUGAUGAUGAAAUCAAUUUACAAGAAUGUGACAUUUACAGUUAUAAUCCAGAUUUGAGUUCCGAUCCAUUUGGUGAACCCGGUUGUCUAUGGUCAUUCAAUUAUUUCUUCUACAACAAGAAAUUGAAGCGAAUUGUCUUCUUUACGUGUCGUGCUGUUAAUUCCUUAUAUGCUGGCGACACCUCGGAUUUCUCCAUGGAGGAAGAAGUUUAUUAAACAU